AUGCUCAGACUAUGUGUAGCGCUGGAAAGUGUAUCGCUCAUAAUAUUUCAAUUAUGUGUAAUCGUUGCGGCUUUUACUUCUACGAAAAAUACAAAUAGUGAUGGCAGCCGCAUAGGAAUGCUUAACAAAGAAGUGCUCUAUGUGAACCACAGUAUGUCCUCAGUCGCCAUUAAUCCAACAAGAGGCAAACGAUUCGUCAUGGAAGAAGCCAUUACGAAAAGCAUCGAAGUGGUGACGGAACUACUGGUUGAACUGAUAGUAAAUAACGUUGAACAAUCUUUCGAUAACGCAGAAAGAGAAAAAGAGCACGCAGAAAUUUUAGCUCAUUUCCAGCGGAUUGAAAGCGAAUUGGAAGGGCAGAAGGAAGAACUGCAAUCCAUCAACAGAGAAAUUAAAAGACUUGGCCUAUCUGUCGGCUAUUCCAAACACGAAGAGAAAAUCAAAAACAGUUUCCUGGCUCUGCAUCAAUACCUGGAGCAUCCGGACGAACGCAAUCGAGAUACUUUCACGCAAGAGGCGUCACAGUUGUCGCAGAGUCUCACUGCCCUAGUCGACGGACUACUAGGCCAAAACGCUUUCAAUCCGGACAUCAUGGCCGUCUUGCAAGACGCUAUUGGAUGUCACGGCAGACAAUUGCAUCAGAAAAUCAAGCCCAUCAUGAGAAUAGUAAUGACCGGGCUUUGGGUGCGCGGUGAAUACCAACGAAUAAGGAACGUGUCAGAAAGCGACAGUUCGCAUUUCAAGAAGUUCAUGAUGACGUCAACAACUAAUCUGGCAAAGCGACUGGAUGAAAUGGCCGUCGCAUGCCAAGCGGAUGAGAAAAACGUUAUUGAAGAGAUGCGCUACAUCAUGAAAACCCAAUCGUACCGCGAUCAAAAAGAAUUGGCAGAAUAUCUGCUGGAUUUCCUCGAGGACAAGUACGACACUAAAAAGUGGUUCGUUGCGGUACUUCCGGAUGUCGGAACCACCACCGAAAAGUCUCACCUAGAAUUCCUUUCGGCACAUAAAGUGCAUUUCACUCACUCGGGGAAAUUUCAUAUCGUCUCCGUGCAAGGAUCUUUCGUGGCCGCCAUUUCAGUCGAUUCGCCAGCCGUCGAUGUGAUCAAAUUGGUCGACAUUUACCUGGAAAAAUUCCAAUUUCCCAUACACACCUCCGCCCAAUACGGAAUGCUUACGAUCCCGCAACGAGCUCAAGGAUAUUUGAAUCGAUGGAACCGACGCCUUUUAAUGAUUCACGAAAGUCUGCAACUGUUUCUGGUACCGGUGCGCAAGCGACUGAUUUUCGAGUCGCUGGUCAUCGAGACGCCGUGCACAAAUUCCCGAAAAGAAUUUGAGGAACUGGUGACUAUCGUCGGCUCCAACGGAACGGAAUGGAGGUGUAAGAGCGACGAAUUCGACGAUUACGGGAAAAGUAAUGGAUGGUGCGUCGAUCCUUUGGUGAUAGUCGUACCUGUUCAUUCACCAUCCGCUCAGAAUUCUUCGACGCUAAAUUCUCAGAGCUGUGAAGAUCAAAACGGCGAAAAGGUUGGCCUGUUGCGUAAUGAAUUUGGCCAAGCUUACCUAUCGGUACAGGGCGAUUCCAGCCAAGACGGCGCUUACGUGAUUUUAGAUCGACAAUGGAGAAACAGUUCCGGGCAGAGAUGGAAAUUUAUCAACAAUCAAUUGGUGAACGAUCAUGGAAAAUGCCUGACAGUCUCGACUUUGUCUUCGUUUCUCUUUCAGCGAAGUUGCAAUUUUUCCUACACGGCCUAUAAUAAGAUGAGGCAGACCUGGCGUCGUACGGGACUCCAAAUCGUCACUAAUAACAUCAAUCCUUUAAGAGCCAGACUCUUAAAUGACAUGUGCCUAGCCUUUGUGGGUAGCAAAGAUGAUGACACCAUGUACGCCAUUCUAGAAAAAUGUGAUUUCGCUCCGCCGUUCUUGUGGUACGAUUGGGAUAUGGACUGCGAGGAUUUCGGGAUUAAUUAUUCAGACAACGGGAGUCAACCGCUACGCAACGAAUUUUCCAGACGCUAUUUGAGCGUGUACGAGAGUGAAGAUUAUUUGCAUCACAAACCGUGGGGUAAUCAUCCGGGACAAUAUUGGAAAUUCGUUCACGGCCAACUCAGGAACGGAUUCGGAAAAUGUUUGGCCGGAAAAGGUUGGCACGCCCUGCAAGUCGAGUGCGAAGGAGUCGACAAGACCAAACGUUGGACGUACAACGAGAAAAGCCAAAUCGUUAGCGCAGAGGGUUACUGCUUGAGUGUGAGCAACAAAGAGGGCUACGUCGUUUACGAUUAUUGCAAAGACGAUCCUGAACAUCGUUGGCAUUAGCUAUUUCGAUUCAAAAUGUAAUUUACCCAGAUUUUAUCGUGACAGCUAAUUAUUAGUUUUGACAAAAAAAUAUUAAGAGACUAUGCAACAAGGAUUAUUAUCGAUCUUUCAGAAAUACACGCUAACAGAAUUUACCUCGACAGCUUGACUGAACAAACACGAAUUAUAACGAGGAGGUGCCCGUGUGGCGGCAGGUCCCUCUUGGACUCUGACUACAAUUUCAUAGACUUUGCAGUUUGCACAUUGGUUGUUAAAGUGGACAACAUUAAAUUUUUUCUUUAAAUUUGAUUGUUUGCCUGCAGACAGUUGUGCGUUACUAAACAAGCCUGACGUGCAAUCUCUCUACAAUUGAGUAAUUUAAUUAACCCUGAUGGCAUAAACGGCAAGAGAAAAUUUGCAGUCAACCGUCUAGCUCAGGAAUAAUCGUACUCCGUAUAACGAUUUAAAACCAACGCCACCAAACAGUAAGAAA